AUGGAGAUUGCUAAUGUGACAUCAGUUAACCAGUUUAUCCUGAUGGGACUCACCAACCUGCCAUGGCUCCAGAAGGUCCUUUUUGUCUCAUUCCUCUUCUUCUAUGAGAUUAAUAUUUUGGGGAAUCUUAUAAUCAUGUUCCUGGCAAUGCGGGACCCUAGUCUUCAAGCCCCCAUGUAUUUUUUACUUGCUAAUCUUUCCUUUCUGGAUAUAUGGUUUUCUUCAGUCACCGUUCCAAAGAUGUUGGUUGGGUUCUUGUUUGAUAAUACAAUCUCAGUUUGGGGCUGUAUUGCUCAGAUGCACUUUUUCCACUUCCUGGGAUGUGCUGAAGGUGUUUUACUUGCUGCCAUGGGUUAUGACCGAUAUGUUGCUAUCUGUAGCCCAUUACGGUACAACACGAUUAUGAAUAAGACAUUUUGUACCCAGCUGGUUUUCACAUCAUGGUUUAUUGGUUUCUUUUCAGCUCUGAUUCAUUCAGUUAUGACGUCAAUGUUGCCAUUUUGUAAUUUUAACAAGGUCAGACACUUCUUCUGCAAUGUUAAACCAGUCAUUAAGUUAGCAUGCUCAAGUACAUUCAUUAACGAAAUCACAGUGGCAACUCUAAGUGGUUUUUUAAGUACUUGUACUUUUUCCUUAACUUUUUUAUCUUACCUUUUUAUAAUCAUUCAUCUUUCCAAGAUACAUUCCUCACAAAGAAGCCUCAAAGCUUUUUCGACAUGUUCCUCCCAUUUGACUGUUGUCAGCUUAUUCUAUGGCACGGCCAUGUGUACAUACCUUGGGCCUUCUUCAGAUGUUUCAAUAGAAAAGGACAAGGUGGCAGCUGUACUGUUUACUGUAAUCACACCAACCCUAAAUCCUAUCAUUUAUACUUUAAGGAAUAAGGAAGUGAGGAAAUCUCUGAAAAAAAUGUUUCAAUCAUUGCAGUGAAUAUAUAUAGUGCUAAAACGAUAUAACCAUAACCAUGUUAUAAAUAAGGUCAUUUCA